GAAGAUGGCGACGAUAACUAUGCGAAUAAGAGGAGCAAAGUAAUCGGUAGCGAGGAAGUUUUAAGCCCAGAUGGCUAAAUUGCUCGCGUAUUGGAAUAAUUAAUAGAAAUAUUUAUUUGAAAGUGAUUCAAGCUUCGCCAAUAUGGAUGACACACGCAUUGAGUGGAUGAGAAACAAGGUAUACCUCGGACUUGGAAUUACAGACCCUGAGGUGUUCGACGAUUUGUUGUCUCGAGAAGAUGGACAAUUUGAAAACGAAAUCUUAAAAUUUCUCAAUGAAACUCCCAAGGAAGGAUGCACUAUUUUAUUUUAUUCUAUGCUGAAGGAAGAAGAGGAGGAAAUUGAAGUUGAAGCGGAACCAGAAUUACCAGAAAUAACAGCUGAUGGUGAUGAAGAAGUUGAGAAGACCUCAAUAAAUGGUGCUGAAGGGACUGCUGAGGGUGAUGAUUUGAUCAUGGAGAGAGUUCCAUCUGCAAAUUCAAAGGCUGCAGAGGAAGUUUCUGUCAAGGAUGGUUCACAGGCUGCAGAACCAGCCCAGACCAAUCCAGAGACUGGGGAGGAGGUUGCAACAGCCUCAGGUGAGGGAGGAGAAGGUGAUGAAGCAGAGCUAGGAGAGGAGAAUCAUGCCACACCUCUACCACCCAGGACAAAAAUCAUUAUACAAAAAGUUCUGAGGACAGUCAUGUAUGUUUGCUAUGAACACCUUCCUGAAGAGUUUGCGGAUGAAAAUGCCUUCUACUUUUUACGGAAUACCACUGGCCCUGUUCCUCUGCCAUCAACGCUUGAGGAAGCAGAAGAAAUUCUCCCUCCCUUAUUUCAGUUUGGAUCACAUUACGGACCCUCGCUACAGAUGCUGGAGCACCUUUUAACACUGGUGUAUAUACCCCUUUUGUCACACAAUGGUCAGCGGAAUGAGUCCUCUUCAGAUAGUGGGAGUCACAAGAGUAGUGCUCAUACUGGUGAUGAACAGGGAUCAGAGGAAAGUCGAUCAAGGGUUAUCUUAAGAGAUGAAUUUCUAAUGAACAUGCAGAAAUUUUCUACGCACAUCAGCCGAACAAUUCACCAGUUGGAGGGUGAUAUUCGAUUGGAGAUGCCUGAAGUCAUUCUUGGUGAUGACAUUACAGAGAUGGUAAAAGAUUCAGAACUAGUAACAAUGCUAGAGGAAACCCUGCACAACUGGGAAGUGACAAUUUCAUCAGCCCUGGAGAUCCAGUUAAAGAAAACACCCCAAGGAAAUGGGCCUUUGGCUGAGAUUGAUUUCUGGAGAGAGAGAAAUGCUACACUGAGUGCAAUUACUGAGCAGUUAAAACUGCCGACUGUUAACAAAGUUGUGGCUAUUUUAACAAAUGUUCACUCUGAAAGCCUUGCCAGUUUUGAGUAUCACCGAGCAGAACUCACGAAAUAUUAUACAGAAGCUAAAGACAAUGUGCGAUUUCUUUCUACCCUUGAGAGACAUUUUAAGAACUUGGCACAUGGUGCAAGUUUUAACAUAGUCCUUGAAACAAUACCUUCAAUGAUGAAUGCCUUGAGGAUGGUGUGGAUUAUAUCGCGACAUUACAACAGAGAUGAGAGAAUGGUGCCGUUAAUGGAGAGAAUUGCUUGGGAACUUAGUGAGCGAGUGGCCAAGAUUGUCAAUGUUCGCACUAUUUUCAAAGAACCACCCUACCUCAUGAAGCAAAAAACCUCAGAGGCCAAGAAGACCUUGGAAACAUGGAAGGAGUCUUACUUUGAUGUGAGAGCCAAGAUAGAAGCUUCAGGGAGAGAUGCCAGAUGGGAGUUUGACAGAAAGCGUUUGUUUGAGAGAACAGAUCAUAUGGCUUCAAUCUGUGAAGAUUUGAAGGAGGUUGCAACAGUGAUGGAAGAGUUUUAUAAUAUCUUUGGACCUGAACUGAAGGCAGUGACGGGAGAUCCUAAACGUAUCGAGGAUGUGUUGAAGCGGGUUGAUGGACUAGUGAAACCCAUUGAAAAUGUUGGAUUUGAUGCCUUCAGCCUUAGACAUGCUGCAAGUUGGCGAAAUGUGAUGGACUGGUUCCACAGAGAAGUUACAGCCAUUGAAAAUGAAGCUAGACACUUCAUUGAUGACUCGUUUAAGACACUGAGGUCUGCUGAGGGAGCCUUUGACAUGCUUUUGAAUUUCAGACACAUUAGAUCACGGGAAGCUAUCAACUCACAAAUGAUGAAGAAGUUCAACGACAUCUUGGUGCAGUUUGGAAAAGAGGUGGAUGCUAUGUAUGCACUGUUCAAAGCCAACGCAGACAAACCUCCAAUCUUCAAGAAUCAACCUCCUGUGGCGGGAGCCAUCAGCUGGGAACGUUCUCUCUUUCUUCGCAUAAAGCACACCAUCUUGAGAUUUCAAGAGAUGGAGGACAUGCUGAAUUCAGAGCAAGGAAAAUUGGCAAGCAAAAAGUAUCUUAGUGUGGCACGGCAGAUGAAAGAAUAUGAAGACAGAAAAUAUGAAGCAUGGAAAGAACAGGUUGAAGCAAAUCUCUUGAUCUACCUUAAGAAAAAUCUGUUGAUCAAGCCCUCAGCAAGCUCUGCAACCACACACAGAAGUGCUGCUGAUGAAGGAAACUCUGAGGAUGCAUCUGGAAGCCUAGCUGCAGCAGUGCAGGCUCAAGCCUCUCAUCCCAACCUACAGUAUGUGGCAGAUUUUGCACCAGAGUUAGGUUUAAUCAUUAUGGAGACAAAGUACUUAGAGCAGCUAGGAUUCCAGGUUCCUGAGCUGGCCAGAAAUGUUGCUUUGCAGGAAGAGAAGUACUUGAAAUAUGUGGAUGGCCUGAAGCUUAUGUUGGACAGAUACCACACUGUUCUUGGAAGUCUCAAUGUUGCAGAGACACAACUUCUAGAAGAUCACAUCAAAGAGUUAAAACGUGUUCUAAAGCCAGGGGCAAAACGAUUAAACUGGAACUCGCUUGGAAUAAGUGACUACAUCACGAGAUGUGGACAGGCCAUCAGCAAAUUUGAAUCACUUGUGAAUCAAAUCCAGAAAAAUGCCAAAGACAUCAACAGCCGCCUGGAGUUGAUGGAGAACACAGUGUUAUUCAAACAGCCACCGCCUAAAAUAGGAGGAGCACUUCCUGAUGCAAAGGAGUUCUUUGAAUAUCUUGAAAAAGCUCGAGCGGUGGAGCUUGAAAACUUGGCCAGAAGAUACAGAGCCGUUGGACCGCUUCUUACGAAGAUGGAAGGACUUGUCGUUCAUACAAACACUGGCAGAUCGACCAAACUACAACCUUACUAUGCCUACUGGGAGAAUGCAGUCUAUGAAGCCCUCACAAAGAUGGUGACCAAAAACCUGCAGCAGUUUAACCAGCAACUUCACGCCCGCCAGCCAUUGUUCCAGAUCGAAACAGUGUUGUCUGCGCCAGAGAUUGUCUUAUCUCCUCCGGCAAAUGAGAUCUACAAAUUAAUCAUGCAGUCAAUUAGAGACAUGGUGGAGGGAACCAGAAUGUUUGUUCGCUGGAUGAACGGUACGUGCAUCGAGACUCCGCCCCAGCACGCUGAGGGUGAGGACGAGCCAGUAGUGUUUAGUUUCUUCACAGAUAUCUCGGCCAAUCCUGCCAUCAUAGACCUGGUGACUACUCUGUCGAAAAGUGUGCAGAACACUCUGGGAAACUUGAACAAACACCUGACUCGCUGGCGGAGGUACAGGUUGCUAUGGAAACUUGACAAGAGUAACAUGGUGGAGAAGUUUGCACAGAAGAAACCAACGUGUAUUGCUUAUGACGAAAAGUUACAGUUCUACUCAAAUCUGGUCAUUGAGGUUGGAAACCAGGUCAUGACAAAAGACAUUGAUUUUGUUCGUCUCAACUUGGACCCUCUGGCAACGACUAUUCAGGCCAAUGCGAGGGCCUGGGUCAAGGAGCUGGGCAAGUUUUUGAACGAAUCGGCAAGGGAAGAUCUGAAUGCUCUCAAGGCAGAAAUUGAGGGUUUAACAGAUGAUCUCAAGCGAGAACCAGACACGCUAGAAGACUUGAAGUUUGUCCUGCGCGUAAUUGCAGACAUCAGAGACAAGUCUCUUGAUGUAGAGCUUCGCUAUGUCGACAUUCAGGAAAGAUACCGAACCAUUCUGAUGUAUGAUAUUGAGGUUCCCGAGAGCGAGCUGGAGCUGGCCACCAACAUCACCCAAGCGUGGGAUGACCUGUUCCUGGAAUCUCGCACAGUGGACGCAAGUUUGGUCUCUGUUAAGAAGAAAUUCACUGAGAUCACGCAAGAUCAAGUUUCCGACUUCUCCAAAGACAUUUCAAAGUUUAAAGAAAGCUUCAUCAAUGAAGGUCCAAGCUCUAUUGGCACUGAUCUUGAAGCAGGUGUGGAACUGUUAAAGAAAUUCAAAGAAGAGUUUGCAAACUUUGAAAAGGAGCGUCAAGAAUUGGCGAAUGCUGAAAAACUCUUUGGUCUUCAGAUCACUCUUUACCCUGAACUACUGGACAUGGAGAAAGAGCUGAAGGGAUUGGAUCAGAUCUUUUCUAUUUAUGAGAAUCAAAAGGCGGCUCGCGAUGAAUGGGCCAACACGCUAUGGGCCAACCUUGAUGUGUCAGUGUUAUCAGAGGGUAUUGACGGGUUUAUUAAACAACUCAAGAGACUUCCAAGAGAGGUGAAAGCCCUACCGCUGUGCCAUAUUCUGGAGGAGAAGAUGAAGGAGUUUAAGAAUUCCAUUCCACUCUUUUCUGAUCUGAAAAACGAGGCUUUGCGAGAACGCCAUUGGAAGAAAUUGAUGGAAAUGACAGGUAUGAAGUUCGAUCUCAAUCCGGACACCUUCACACUUCAGAACAUGUUUGCUAUGGAGCUACACAAGUUCCAGGAGGUCAUCGGUGACAUCACGGCUAGCGCCACAAAAGAGCUUGGGAUCGAGAAAGGUAUCAGUGAAGUGGGUGAUACGUGGGGCGCUAUGAAAUUCACUGUGUCCAAGUUUAUGAAAGGAACCCAAGAGAGAGGCUUUAUUUUGGGAGCUGUUGAUGAAAUCCUGCAAAUACUGGAUGACAAUGCCAUGAAUUUGCAGAGUAUGUCCGCCUCGCGGUUUGUGGGGCCGUUUUUGGAAACUGUUAACAAGUGGGAGAAGAGUUUGUCACACAUUGGAGAGGUUGUUGAGGUGUGGAUGGUUGUGCAAAGAAAGUGGAUGUAUCUUGAGAGCAUCUUCAUCGGCGGAGACAUCAGAGCUCAGCUUCCAGAGGAGGCCAAGAAAUUCGAUGACAUCGAUAAGACAUUCAAGAAGAUCAUGAGUGACACUGCAAAGAAUCCAAAAGUGUUAGAAGCUUGUCACGCCGCCAGUCGUCUGGAGCAGCUGCAGAUGUUGGUAGCUGGUUUGGAGAAGUGUCAGAAGAGUUUAAAUGAUUACCUGGACUCCAAGAGAAACGCCUUCCCAAGGUUCUUCUUUAUUUCUGACGACGAACUGCUCUCUAUUCUCGGCAGCCAUGAUCCACAGUGCGUGCAAGAACAUAUGAUCAAGAUGUUUGACAACAUUGCUAAGUUGCGUUUCGAAGAAGGAACUGGUGAAGAGAUGUUGGCCACUGCCAUGCUCAGUAGCGAGGCUGAAGUGAUGGAGUUCAGGCAGCCAGUGGCGGCUGAGGGACGAGUGGAAGACUGGAUGACAAACGUGCUGAAUGAAAUGAGAAGGACUAACAGACUCAUUACGAAAGAGGCCAUCUUUAAAUAUGGCGGCGAACUGUCCAGAAUUGACUGGAUGAUGGAGUAUCAAGGAAUGGUGGUACUGGCUGGAAACCAAGUUUGGUGGACAUGGGAAGUUGAGGAUGUGUUUAGAAAAGUGAAGAAAGGAGACAAGAUGGGAAUGAAAAACUACGCUAAAAAGAUGCACAAACAAAUCAGCGACCUUGUUGAAAAGGUUCGUGAGCCAAACCUGACCAAAAAUGAUCGCAAGAAGUUCAACACAGUGCUGAUCAUUGAAGUUCACGCCAGAGACAUUAUUGACAGUUUUGUUCGAGACAGCAUCAUGGACACGCGUGAGUUCGAGUGGGAGAGUCAAUUAAGGUUCUACUGGGAUCAGUUACCAGAUGAGUUGAUGGUGCGUCAGUGUACAGGCGAGUUUGGUUAUGGAUACGAGUACAUGGGACUAAAUGGACGCCUGGUCAUCACCCCCCUGACAGACAGAAUAUACCUGACUAUCUCUCAGGCCUUGUCCAUGUACCUCGGUGGUGCCCCCGCAGGGCCGGCCGGCACUGGAAAAACCGAGACAGUGAAGGAUCUGGCUAAAGCUCUGGGAUUACUGUGUGUUGUAACUAACUGUGGAGAGGGUAUGGACUACAAGUCCAUCGGCAAGAUCUUCUCAGGCCUGGCGCAGUGUGGUGCCUGGGGUUGUUUUGACGAGUUCAACCGUAUUGACGUGUCUGUACUAUCAGUUGUCUCAACACAGAUUAAAACACUGCAAAACUCACUCAGCAACCAUCUUAAGAGACUACAGUUUGAAGGUACAGAGAUAGCAUUGGAUGGUCGUAUGGGGAUUUUCAUUACCAUGAACCCUGGCUAUGCAGGUCGUACAGAACUUCCUGAGAGUGUCAAAGCUCUGUUCAGACCUGUUAUGUGUAUUGUGCCAGACCUGCAACAAAUCUGCGAGAUCAUGCUUUUCUCCGAAGGGUUUUUAUUGGCCAAGGUUCUUGCCAAGAAGAUGACAGUACUUUACAAACUUGCGUCAGGACAGCUCUCCAAACAAUCUCAUUACGACUUUGGGCUUCGUGCACUGAAGGCUGUACUUGUGAUGGCAGGAGAACUGAAGAGAGGUUCUCCUGAUCUGAGCGAGGAUGUAGUGUUAAUGCGUGCGUUGCGUGACAUGAACUUGCCAAAGUUUGUGUUUGAAGACGUACCACUCUUCCUCGGUCUCAUAGCGGACUUGUUUCCAGGCCUUGAUUGUCCAAGGGUACGGUACCCAAAUUUCAACGACGCAGUUGAAGCAGUGUUACAGGACAAUAAAUACAUUUUACUUCCACAUCAGGCCGAUAAAGUUGUUCAAAUGUACGAGACCAUGUUGACACGACAUACAACCAUGAUCGUGGGCCCCACUGGAGGAGGAAAGACUGUUGUUAUUAACACAUUAGCGCAGGCGCAGACACGUCUGGGCAUAACUACAAAGAUGCAUAUUAUGAAUGCCAAGGCAUGCACAGUGGUGGAACUGUACGGAACGCUGGAUCCUGUCACUAGGGACUGGACUGAUGGAUUACUGUCCAACAUCUUCCGUGAGAUAAACAAACCCACUGAUAAAAACGAACGUAAGUACAUCGUGUUUGACAGCGAUGUGGACGCCCUGUGGGUAGAGAACAUGAACUCUGUGAUGGACGACAACAGACUGUUGACUUUGGCUAAUGGCGAGAGGAUUCGGCUUCAGAAACACUGCGCCUUGCUGUUUGAGGUUUCAGAUCUUCGUUACGCUUCUCCGGCCACUGUGUCCCGUUGCGGAAUGGUGUACGUGGAUCCUAAGAAUCUGGGCUACAAUCCUUACUGGCAGAAAUGGUGCAAUGCUCGAGGAAAUGACAAGGAACGAGAAGAGCUCAACAGACUCUUUGAAAAAUAUGUGCCUCCUUGCAUCGAUUUGAUUCUGGAAGGAAUCAUCGAAGGAAAAAUCGGAAAGAAGUUGAAGACGAUUAUUCCUCUGACUAAUCUUAACAUGGUCGUACAAUUGUCCCAGAUGCUCGAUGCACUGCUUCCCCCUGCAGAAAACGCUCAAUUCCUGGGAACUGAAACAACAGAGGCUGUUUUCCUGACCUCGUUGACUUGGUCGCUAGGGGGAGGCCUACUGGAGGAUGGGCGGAUUGUUUUUGAUGGAUUCGUGAAGAGGAUCGCGUCUUUACCUCAGAAUCCAGCGGAAGGAAGCGUUGUUAAACCAGGUGAGAUCCCGAGCGCUCAGCCCACAGUAUUCGAGUAUUAUUUCGACACGAAAAAGGGCCUUUGGGUACCCUGGGUUGACGUCAUCCCUAAGUACGUCCACGACCCCGAGAAAAAGUUCUCGGAGAUUUUGGUGCCCACUGUGGACACUGUCAGGACAACAUGGCUGCUUGAGCUGAUGGUUAAUAUUAAGAGACCUGUGGUACUUGUGGGGGAGACUGGGACCUCCAAAUCGGCAACAACAGCGAAUUUCUUGAGGGGACUUGAUAAAGAUGCUACGCUUCUUCUCAACAUCAACUUUUCGUCUCGAACGACGUCCAUGGACGUACAAAGGAAUCUCGAGGCAAACGUAGAGAAGAGAACAAAAGACACUUACGGUCCCCCCAUGGGUAAGAGACUGCUGGUGUUUAUGGAUGACAUGAACAUGCCGCAGGUUGAUGAGUACGGAACACAGCAACCAAUCGCGUUACUGAAAUUACUCCUUGAGAGGGGAGGCAUGUAUGACAGAGGAAAGGAACUCAUCUGGAAGAACUUCAGGGAUAUUGGCUUUGUAGCCGCCAUGGGAAAGAUUCUGGAGGAGUACAACAUGGACCACGUGCCAAUGAACCUUGUUCUUUUUGAUGACGCCAUCGAGCAUCUGACACGCGUACACCGUGUGAUCCGCAUGGAGAAAGGCCACGCCCUUUUAGUGGGGGUUGGAGGCAGUGGUAAACAGUCCCUAACCAAGUUAGGCGCCUUUUCUGCUGGAUGCGAGGUAUUUGAGAUCACCCUUACAAGAGGCUACGAUGAGAAUUCUUUCAGAGAGGACCUGAAGGGACUUUACUCGAAACUUGGUCUGGAAAACAAGAAAAUGGUGUUCCUAUUCACUGAUGCUCAUGUAGCACAGGAAGGCUUCCUCGAGCUCAUCAACAACAUGCUCACGUCAGGAAUGGUUCCUGCGCUAUUCCCAGAUGACGAGAAAGAGGGAAUCAUCGGCCAGGUUCGUGAUGAGGCAAACAAAGCCGGAGUACCACCUGCACGGGAAUCUAUUUGGCAGUACUUUGUUAACAAAUGCGCAAACAAUCUGCACAUCGUUUUAGCCAUGUCACCCGUGGGAGACACAUUGAGGACACGAUGCCGCAACUUCCCUGGUCUGGUCAAUAACUGUAGUAUUGACUGGUUUACAGCAUGGCCACAACAGGCACUCCAUGCUGUGGCCUCAGUAUUUUUGGGAGAAAACAACGACAAGAUACCCGAUGAGCACCGUGAAAAUGUUGUUAACCACGUGGUGUUUGUGCAUCAGACUGUUGGGGUGUACAGCAAAACAUUCUUGCAGAAGCUGAGGAGAGUUAACUACACCACACCAAAGAAUUACCUGGACUUUAUCAACACGUACAACAAACUGUUGGAGGAGAAAGACAAGUUUGUCUUGGAACAGUGUCAUCGUCUUGACGGAGGCCUCAGCAAAUUGCUGGCCGCAAGCGAACAGCUGAAAGAACUGAAUGAAAAGCUGGAGAUUCAGAAAGUGGCAGUGACAGAGAAAAGCGAGGCCUGCGAGAAACUGCUCUCAGAGAUUCAGCGUGCCACGGAAUUAGCAAACGAGAAAAAGGCCAUGGCAGUUGGAAAGAGAGAGGAAAUAGCCGAACAGAACAAGGAGAUCGUUGUCGAGAAAGCCGAGGCUGAGGAAGCUCUUGCCCAGGCUCUGCCUGCGUUAGAAGAAGCUAAACUGGCUUUGCAGGAUUUGGACAAAUCUGACGUCACUGAGAUCAGGUCAUUCGCCAAACCCCCUCGAGCGGUACAGAUGGUGUCAGAGUGUAUCGUCGUAAUGCGUGGUUAUAAAGAGGUAUCAUGGAAACAGGCAAAGGGAAUGAUGUCUGAAGCAAACUUCUUGAAGAGCUUGACAGAUAUGGAUGUGGAUGGCAUCACAAGCGCUCAGGUGCGUCGCGCCCGUGAUAUGUUGAAGGAGAUGAACAUCACAGUAGAAGAGAUGAGAGAAGUCAGCAAAGCAGGAGCUGGAUUACUCAAGUUUGUGGUGGCCGUGCUUGGCUACUGCUCUGUUGCCAGGGAAAUCAAACCAAAGAGAGAGAAGGUGGCUAGGCUGGAGAGAAAUUACCACCUGAGUAAGCGUGAAUUGGAGAAGAUCGAGAAAGAAGUGAAGGCUUUGGACGAGGAACUGAAGAAUCUUGGGGAUAAAUACGAUGCCGCCAUGAGAGAGAAGUCGAGUUUACAGGAAGAAGCGGAAAUUAUGGAACGGCGCCUGAUAGCAGCUGAUAAACUCAUUUCUGGUCUGGGAUCUGAGAAAAUAAGGUUGUUACUUUCAACGAUCCAGAUUUCCUGAAACAGCUCGAGUUGGCCAUCAAAUAUGGCUUCCCCAUUUUGUUCAAGGACGUUGACGAGUACAUUGAUCCGGUGAUCGAUAACGUACUGGACAAGAAUGUUAAAGGCGAGCCUGGCCGCGAAUUCGUUGUAUUGGGAGACAAAGAAGUGGAUUAUGACCCAAGUUUCCGUCUGUACCUGAACACAAAGCUGUCCAACCCCAAGUACACACCCACACACUUUAGUCGUUGUAUGGUUGUGAACUACACAGUGACUAUGAAGGGACUUGAGGAUCAGCUGUUGAGUGUUAUUGUGGGAUUUGAGAGAAAAGAGCUUGAGGAACAGAGAGAAAGACUUAUUCAGGAAACCAGUGAUAACAAGCGCCUGCUGAAGGAUCUUGAAGACACGCUUCUUCGUGAGCUGGCUACGUCGCAGGGUAACAUGUUGGAUAAUGUUGAACUUGUUCAAACUCUAGAAGACACCAAGUCAAAGGCUGUUGAGGUCGGUGAGAAACUCAAGCUUGGCGCCAAAACAGCAAUCGACAUCGACAAGCUGCGCGAUGGUUACAGGCCAGCGGCAAAGCUAGGAGCAGUUCUGUUCUUUGUGUUAUCAGAGAUGUCAGCAGUGAAUUCUAUGUACCAGUACUCUUUGGCUUCCUAUUUGCAAGUGUUUGACUUGUCUUUGAGAAAGAGCUUACCAGAUUCCAUUCUGCCAAAACGACUCAAAAACAUCAUGGACACCCUCACUAUGAAUGUGUACAAUUAUGCCUGUACUGGUCUGUUUGAACGCCACAAGUUGCUCUUUUCAUUCCAAAUGACCAUCAAGAUUAUGGAGGCAGACGGAAAGCUUAACCCCGAGGAGCUGGAUUUCUUCCUCAAAGGCAACAUAUCUCUUGAAAAGAGUUCUCGCUCCAAACCCUUCCCUUGGCUGCCAGAUCAAGGCUGGGAAGACAUACAGAGACUCAUGACUGUGACUCCAGACGCUUUCAGUUCACUGGCGGAUGACAUUGAAAGGAAUGGGAAAGACUGGAAAGAGUGGUGUGACCAAGAUGCACCAGAAUCCGCCCCUUUUCCUGGUCGUUACGAAGAAAACCUGACAGACUUUCAACGUCUUCUUCUCCUGCGCUGUUUCCGUGUGGAUCGAGUUUAUCUGGCCAUCACGAACUUCGUGACUGGCAGAAUGAGCGAGAAAUAUGUGACGCCGCCUGUGAUCAGUUUUGAGGCGAUAUUUGAGCAGUCCAACCCGUUCUCGCCAAUAAUCUUCAUUCUCAGCCCCGGCUCGGACCCUGCUAGUGACUUGAUGAAGCUGGCUGAGAGAUCAGGCUUUGGUGGAAAUAAGUUGAAGUUCCUUGCAAUGGGUCAAGGACAGGAAAAGUUAGCCCUGCAACUGCUUGAAACAGCGAUCGCUCGCGGUCAGUGGCUGAUGCUUCAAAACUGUCAUUUACUGGUAAAGUGGUUGAGGGAACUUGAAAAAGUCUUGGAACGGAUCAGUAAACCGCACCCUGAUUUUAGGCUCUGGCUCACCACGGAUCCUACACCGGAGUUUCCUAUUGGGAUCCUACAGAGGUCCCUCAAGGUUGUUACUGAGCCGCCGAACGGUCUAAAGCUGAAUCUUCGCAGUACUUAUCACAAGAUUACCAACCAGGCGCUUGCUGACUGUCCUCACCAGUCCUUCCCACCGCUUGUGUAUGUGCUGGCAUUCUUCCACGCUGUGGUACAGGAAAGACGAAAGUACGGGAAAAUUGGCUGGAAUAUUGCUUAUGAUUUCAACGAGUCAGAUUUCCGAGUGUGUAUGACUUUACUGAACACUUAUCUAACUAAAUCACUGGAGAGUCCUGACAAGAGGAUACCUUGGGCCAGUUUGAAGUAUCUCAUUGGCGAGGUCAUGUAUGGUGGACGGGUUAUCGAUGAUUUUGAUCGCCGCGUAGUGAAAACUUACAUGGACGAGUACAUGGGCGACUUUAUAUUCGAUACCUUUCAGCCAUUCCACUUCUACAUGGGCGAAGAGGUGGAUUAUUUCAUUCCCAAACCUGAAAAAGAUGCUCCGGAGUGUAACCGAGACUUAUACGUGGACACCAUUGAGGAUUUGACCCUGUCUAACACCCCUGACGUCUUCGGUCUGCACCCCAACGCGGAGAUUGGUUACUACACUCACUCAGCCAAGGACAUGUGGAACCACUUGGUGGAGCUGCAGCCUCAGACCGGAGGAGAGUCAGGAGGCAUCAGCCGGGAGGAGUUUAUAGGCAAGAUCGCCACGGACAUUCAAGGCAAGCUACCUCCUCUCUUUGAUGUGGAUCGGGUCAGGAAGAACAUCACAGACAUCACGCCGACGUAUGUGGUGUUACUGCAAGAGCUGGAUCGGUUUAAUGUCUUAAUCAGGAAGAUGUCAACUUCGCUUAUCAACCUUCAGAGGGCUCUUGCGGGGGAAGUAGGAAUGAGUAGUGAACUGGACGAAGUGGCACGUGCUCUGUUCAAUGGUCAGCUUCCUAGUAUUUGGCGCAAGCUUGCUCCAGCCACACUUAAAUCGCUCGGCAACUGGAUGGAGCAUUUCCUCAAACGCCUCAGCCAGUACAACAAAUGGGUGAAUGACGGUGAGCCCGCAGUGAUCUGGUUAUCCGGGCUACACAUCCCGGAGUCUUAUUUGACAGCCCUUGUGCAAGCCACCUGUCGUAAGAACGGCUGGCCUCUGGAUCGGUCCACACUGUACACCACAGUUACGAAAUACAAGACCGCAGAGGAGGUCACCGAGAGGGCACAUUCUGGCUGCUUUGUGAGUGGACUAUACCUGGAAGGUGCCUCUUGGGACUUAGAGGCAGGGUGCUUAAGAAGACCCAAACCGAAGGUUCUUGUUGAGGAGCUGCCUGUCUUGAAAGUGAUCCCAAUUGAGGGACACAGGCUCAAAUUACAGAACACAUACCGCUCACCCGUGUACACAACAUCUCAGCGUCGUAACGCAAUGGGAGUGGGACUGGUCUUUGAAGCUGACCUGGCCACUCAUGAACACAUAUCUCACUGGGUAUUACAAGGUGUUUGCCUUACACUCAACUCCGACUGAAAGCUUCUCUUGUUAAACUGUUAAACUCACCUCCAAAAUUAAAACCCUGUGACUAGUGAAACUCGCCUCCAAAAUUACAACCCUGUCAUGGGUGAAUUUGGUUUACCUUCGUGUGUUCUGUGUGGUUUGAUUCCAGGAUGGCUGAAUGUAGUAUCGUUGUUUUAGGUGCCUGAUCUUAUUCUCUUUUUCAGGCGGUUCAUAUCACAUUGUAGUUUUUAGGAGAUCAAGUCGAGAAAGCCUAAUAUAAGCUUAAUCGAUUUAGCUUUAGUGAAUGAAUUUUUGUAAAUAGCAGAACAGUUUACCUUACCAUACCUUUCAUUCGCACCCAAACAUUACUCGUAAUAUCAUUCUCCAAGUUGGAGUUUUUCUUGAGUGAAAAAAUAGAAGAAAAACAGUUUAAAAAUGAUUUUGUUGGACGUGUAUGAUGAGUGCAUUUUCAAACGUUUUUCGUAAUAAAAUUACUUCAUUUUGCCUUUGAAAAGGGCUCUCAAA